GAGCACGGAGGGUCUUUGCUCGGCCCGCAUCACCUACUAACUUAAUUCCACCUUCCUCCAUCCCCGGGCGCCAGACCAAGGAAUGCAAUAAAGGCAAAAGUGUGGGACGCAAAGUGUGGGAUAGGCUGGUGCCAAAGCACUUUACGUGAGCGAUCUCAUUUAAUCCUCAUAACCCUAUUGCGUUGGUCCUAUUAUUAAGGCCAUUUUACUGAUGAGAGAACGGAGGCUGACAGGUUACGGUGUCCAGUGUCAUAGUUACACAGUGUCAACGGGGCGAGCGUGGGAAGCUGGCCCCAAAGCCCGUUUUCUGGCUUUGCACUGGCCAGAGGCUCCUCGUGGAUGGCGUGCGCCAGGCCGCGUCCCCAGCGCCUAUCCACGGUGAGGGCGCAAGCGUUGGUGGCACUGGGCGGAGAACUCCCUGGCGCAAGACGAGUGCCUUCCCGUGAAGGCGUGGGGAGGAGGGAAGCGCAGCUGGGAGAAGGCUAAUCGUAGUCAAGCGAGGCGGCCUGAGAGUGGACAGGACCGAGACCGCAAGGACUAACGGCCAUGACUAUCGGCAGCUGAAGCAAGUCCGGUACCCGCACACCUCUAGUGUUUGUCCUUCGCGGCCCGCCCACCGCCCUCGAGGACCAGGAGAGUGGAGUCCAAACUGAGAAAUGCUGGGGCGGGGCUGAGACGAGGGCUGGCUGUAGCUGUUAAGAGUUUAAGCCAAUCAGCCCCCGGCUCCACUUCUCUCUACCAAUAGAAAGUAGGCUAAGGCGCAGAGGCGGAAAGUGUGGCUACAUGAGCAGGCGUCGGAGCCAAUCAGCCGUGAGCCUCGUUCCCGUCGUCCAGCCCGCGGCGAGAGCGGGCUUCCGUAUCCAUGAUUAUUUGUACUUUCAAGUGCUGAGUCCUGGGGACAUUCGAUACAUCUUCACAGCCACACCUGCCAAGGACUUUGGUGGUAUCUUUCACACAAGGUAUGAGCAGAUUCACCUUGUCCCCGCUGAACCUCCAGAGGCCUGCGGAGAACUCAGCAACGGUUUCUUCAUCCAGGACCAGAUUGCUCUGGUGGAGAGGGGGGGCUGCUCCUUCCUCUCCAAGACUCGGGUGGUCCAGGAGCACGGCGGGCGGGCAGUGAUCAUCUCUGACAACGCAGUUGACAAUGACAGCUUCUACGUGGAGAUGAUCCAGGACAGUACCCAGCGCACAGCUGACAUCCCCGCCCUCUUCCUGCUUGGCCGAGAUGGCUACAUGAUCCGCCGCUCUCUGGAACAGCAUGGGCUGCCAUGGGCCAUCAUUUCCAUCCCAGUCAAUGUCACCAGCAUCCCCACCUUUGAGCUGCUGCAACCACCCUGGACCUUCUGGUAGAAGAGUUUGUCCCACAUUCCAGCCAUAAAUGACUCUGAGCUGGGAAGGGGAAACCCAGGAAUUUUGCUAUUUGGAAUUUGGGGAGAGCAUCUGGGGACAAGUGGAGCCAGGUAGAGGAAAAGAGUUUAGGCAUUGCUAGGCUGAAAGGGAAGCCACACCACUGGCCUUACCUUCCCCAGGGCCCCAAAGGGUGUCUCAUGCUGCAAGAAGGGGCAAAAGACAGGCCCCAGGGCUUCUGGCUAAAACCUGAAACAAAAGGAGCUGAAUGUAGGCAGCCUGAGAGCCAUCUGUGACCUGUCACACUCACCUGGCUCCAGCCUCCCCUACCCAGGGUCUCUGCACAGUGACCUUCACAGCAGUUGUUGGAGUGGUUUAAAGAGCUAGUGUUUGGCGACUCAAUAAACCCUCACUGACUUUUUAGCAAUAAAGCUUCUCAUCAGGGUU